GGGCGGAGACGAUCUUUAUUAAUUCGUCAUCCCGCAUUUCUAUAUCCAGAUAUCAAGAUUUGGAUAGAAUAACAAAAUUCAUCAAUUAUAAUAAGAUGAGAUACACGUCCCCAAAAUUAUUUCUUCUGGCGGUAUUCUUUGCUGCUACUAUUUCAGGUAAAGAUAUUCAAGGGCCUCUGUCAGACAACAAUCUUGGUCCUGCGAUGCCUUCUAAGUCAGAGCCUUCUUCCGAUCCCAUCGGUGGAGGUGAUACAAUCAUUCUAUCAGAUGUUCUAGGCAGGGAUCGAAGUAUCAAUAUAUUCGCAGGAUUUACAAGAGAUAUAGCACCUAUAAGUCAGCGAUUUGCUGACAGUGGCCAAAAUACAACUAUUCUUGCCCCAGUCAAUUCCGCGAUAAUGGCUCUGCCUCGAAAGCCAUGGGAAGACCCAGAAGACUAUGAUAAACUUGGAGCCAAUGCAUAUGAGGGUGAAGAUGGAGAAGAAAGGGCCCAUAAGAAUCUGCGGAGAUUUGUGGAAGCUCAUAUCGUUCCUGCGAGUCCAUGGAAGGAAGGAGAGAAAGUUAAGACUUUAGUUGGAGAUGAGGUCUGGUGGGAGAAUAAGGACGGAGUGAAACGAUUGCAACCUGGAAAUAUCGAGGUCUCAAGCAUGGCAGGUGAUGUUCACAACGGGCAAGUCUGGAUAUUGAAGACCGUGAGAAAUUAUGCAUAGAAACUGCUUGGACAUUAAUUGCAGAGAUUGGCGUUACUUGGACAUGGGAAUUCGAAGUGUUAGUGAACUCGAUUGGGCAAUUGUGUAGGGAAUUUUGCCCUCGACGUCGCAUAUCAUGAUUAUGACAAUUAUUUUGUCUCGAAAUGUCUAUGUGCAUUACAUAACGAUGAUUACAUCAUUCGCGCCAUGAAAAUUGUCAAAAAACAUUGAAAUAUCGAAUCGAUCAAUAGUGCAUUCAUAAUAGCUUGAUCUUGCAAUGAACGACA